CCAAUCAACCACAUCUGACUUCUCAUUGAUCAAUUGGCUGGCUCGCAGCACACAUACAGUGAGCGCAAACGGAAAAUGGAGCUCAAAGUGUAUGGCCAUCGCGCAUCUCAGCCAUCACGUGCGAUUAUGAUCUUCUGCAAAGCUAAUGGAAUAGAGUUUGAGGAGGUGACGGUUGAUAUAUCUAAGGGAGAGAAUAGAUCUCCUGAAUUCAAAGAGAUAAAUCCUAUGGGACAAGUCCCGGCUAUCAUUCAUGGAGAGCUUAAGCUUUUUGAAAGCCAUGCAAUCCUUAUAUAUCUUGCCUCUGCAUUCCCCGGAGUUGCAGAUCAUUGGUAUCCAACUGAUCUUGUCAAGAGAGCCAAGGUUCAUUCUGUGUUGGAUUGGCAUCACUCAAAUUUACGCCGGGGCUCAGCUACCUAUGUUUUUUAUUCAAGACUAGCACCUGUAUUUGGCCUGCCCUUGAACCCGCAGGCAGCAGCCGAAGAUGAGAAAAUUUUGAUUUCAUCUCUGUCAAUAAUAGAGUCCUACUGGCUCCAGGAUAGUGGGUUGUUCUUGCUUGGAGAAAAUCAACCAUCAAUAGCAGAUCUCAGCCUGGUCUGUGAAAUUAUGCAACUCGAGCUACUGGAUGAGAACGAUCGCAAUCGUUUUCUGGAACCACACAAGAAAAUCCAACAGUGGAUUGAGAAUACAAAAAAUGCAAUAAAACCUUACUUUGAGGAAUUGCAUGAUGUCCUUUAUCAAUUGAGUGCAACACUGAGGAAGAAAUAAUCUCUGUGAGGUGUAGUCUCACAUGAACAUCUGAACAUCCAUGCUAUCUUUGUAUUUUCUAAGGAUCUGCAAUAAGAUUUGUGAGUGUGUUAAGGAUGUAAGACUUGUUAGCUAUGGAUAUUAUCGUAUGCAUCGUUUAAAAUAUCCAAACAAGUUUUAUGGGUAUGGUUAAAAGAAGAGAACCAGGUUUGAGUAAACAAAUGUAUUGCGUUAUUUCUUUUUUUUUUUUUUUUUUUUUUUUUUCUGAAUCAAUGUAAUGUGUUAUUUCCCGUUGCAUACAUUUGUGAUGGGAUAUUUGGGUGUGUCCUGUGGAAUCAAAGUGUUCUGUUUGUUUA